AUGUCAUCUGCUCAGCUCGCUUCGUUCAAGGUUCCAGCCGUUGACAAUGAGCCAAUGAAAGCGUACGCGCCAGGCUCGGUCGAGCGCAUUGCUUUGGAGCAUGCAAUCGCAGAAAUGGAACAACAGCUACCUUUUGAAGUCCCCUGUGUAGUUAACGGCAAGCCUGUUAAAACCGGAAAACUUGCGAAACAACCGAUUCCCCAUGACCACGCACGGCAUCUCUGCACUUAUCACGAAGCUGAUCCAGAAACUGUCGAGAACGCGAUCAACGGCGCGCUUGCUGCUAGAGCAGAAUGGGAAAGUAUGCCUUGGAAUGAUCGUGCUGCCAUCUUCUUGAAAGCAGCUGACUUGGUCAGCGGGAAGUACCGGUAUAAGCUUUUGGCUGCAACUAUGCUGGGUCAAGGAAAGAAUGCAUGGCAGGCAGAGAUCGAUGCCGCUGCUGAGUUGACUGACUUCUUACGAUUCGGUGUGAAAUUCGUGGAGGAAUUGUAUGCUCAACAGCCAUCGAAGAACUCAGCUGGAGCUUGGAAUCGGAUCGAGUUCCGACCUCUCGAAGGCUUCGUCUUCGCUGUAACGCCCUUUAACUUUACUGCUAUCGGGGGCAAUCUUUGCGCAACACCUGCUCUUGUAGGCAACGUCGUCGUCUGGAAGCCUUCACCUGCUGCCACCCUUUCCAACUACAUCGUACAUCAAAUCUUCACUGAAGCAGGUGUCCCUCCAGGCGUCAUCCAAUUCGUUCCUGGACCUCCUCCAGAAGUCGUUGCUCAAGCUAUCGGACACAAAAAUUUUGCGGCGCUAAACUUUACUGGAAGCACAUUCAUAUUCAAGAAGUUAUGGAAGGAUAUUGCUGCGAAUAUGGACAAAUACAAAGGAUACCCAAGGAUUGUGGGUGAAACUGGGGGGAAGAAUUUUCAUGUCGUGCACAAGUCCGCGGAAAUACGGAACGCAGCGAUUCAGUCGAUUCGUGGUGCAUUCGAAUACCAAGGCCAAAAAUGUUCUGCGUUGUCGCGUCUUUACGUAUCUUCGUCUGUAUGGUCGGGGGGCUUUAAAGACCUUCUGUUAUCGGAAACCGCGAAAAUCAAGGUCGGGUCGCCCUUGGAUUGGGGUAACUUCAUGGGUCCAGUAAUUGGCCGUCCUGCAUAUGACAAAAUCACUGCAUACAUCCAGAAAGCCAAGGACGCUGGAGCUGAGAUCCUCAUUGGCGGCACUGGUGACGACUCAAAAGGCUACUUUAUACAACCGACGGUGAUUCUGACCAAAGAUCCACAUAUGGUGACGAUGGUCGAGGAGAUCUUUGGUCCCGUCUUGACGGUUUAUGUUUUCGAAGAUGACGACUACGAGAAAACGUUGGAACUGGUCGAUACAUCAACUGAAUAUGGUCUCACCGGUUCAAUCUUCGCAUCGGAGCGUAAAGCUCUCAUCACCGCGACCAAUACCCUUCGGAACGCUGCCGGAAACGUCUACUACAACGAAAAAUGCACCGGUGCCGUCGUUGGUCAACAGCCGUUUGGUGGUGCACGCGCGAGUGGAACGAAUGAUAAAGCGGGAAGUAUAAGCAUCUUCUAUAGGUUCGUUAGUGCGAGGAGUAUCAAGGAGAAUUUCGUCGGACUGGAAGAUUUCCAUUAUCCUUCGAACUUGGUUUAG